UAGGUUGGUAAAAUUCUCUUAAAAAUUGAAAUUCUUUCUGUGACUCUUCUAGAUGCAUACACACACUUUCUAGCCACUAUGGAGGAAGAAAAACUCAUUGAGCUCAAAACUGUCACUACAAAGUUUGUGAAAUCUUCUUCUACACCAAGAGUUCUUAGAAUCACUUUUACCGAUAAAUAUGCAACAGAUUCUUCAUCUGAAGAUGAACAAGAACAUAGUUUUGUCCAACGUGUAAUAACAAAGAAAACUGUGAACGAGAUUAGAUUUCAAACAUGUUCCUCUCAUUCUAACAAGAAAAUCAAUAAGAAGACACAUGAAGAUGGAGAAAACUACAAUGUUGAUGGUGAAUGUGGUUUGAAUAAUAAGAAUGAGAGAGAUAAACAAGUGGAGAUUGUUCAUCAAAAGUUUCGCGGUGUUCGAAGACGGCCGUGGGGGAGAUGGGCGGCGGAGAUUCGCGAUCCUCGGCUCGGAAGGAGAAGAUGGUUAGGAACAUAUGAUACUGCUGAAGAAGCUGCUUUGGUUUAUGAUAAGGCUGCAAUUGAGUAUAGAGGUGCUGAUGCUGUUACAAAUAUUAUCGAACCGCCGCAGAAACAUCAUCAACAACAGAAACAACAAAAGAGAACAUCGAAAAAAGUUGAUAAGGAUUGUAAUGGUAGUUCAUCUUCUUCAUGUGUUACUGAAUCUUCUUGGAGUGAAAGGAAAAGUGUGCAAGAAUGGAUUAGAGAGAUAACCGGAGAAGAAUAUUUAGACGAGUCAUUUGGUUCUUUUUGUUCUUAUAAUGAACAUGUUCUUCCAACAAUGGUUUCUAACGAGAGUCCUUCUUGCAUGGUGGAUAAUAUUUCUUUUCAUCUUGAAGAGGAUUUUGAAUCAUGUAAAUGGGAGGUUGAUAAUUACUUUAAUGACCCUUUGAUUGAGACAUAGAUUCAACUUCUCAAGUGAAAUUGUUAGUGAGUUUCUUGAGUCCAUUUAGAAAUGUGAAUGUGAGAUUUUUCUUUUAA